AUGUGCAAAGGUUUGAAUCGGUCUAUUUGGGUUGUUUAUUGGUUGAUUUGCUUGAUUGUGGCAUUAGAUUGGGCUUGGAGUAGUAUGCAAGAGGAUGAACUUGAAUGGGGAGUGCCGAAUGAACUGAAUGAGAAACUGGCCUCACGCGAUGAAUUGGUCGCCCGAGUGAAAGAAACUAAUGCAGCGGGGCAAUUGGCCUAUAAUGAAUUAGCUGCUGUAUGUAAAAGAAGGCCACCAGUAAUGAAACCUUGUGAAUUGAGGCUAAGUCGGUCCGAAAACCGCCAGUUGCUAAAGAAGGUAGCCCAUUCUCUAACUGUGCAACAAAAGAUAGAACAGUCUAAGCGCCAGCAGUUUGAGGAAGCCAAAGAGAACGAGGUGCUGGCCCUUGAAGAAUUAAUGGAGUUAGAUGCCUGGAAUAGUUUGGGAAGUCGUGGAAUUACACCACUGAAACUCUGGCCAAUCACGGCACGAGAACAAGAGUUAAUGUACGAACUUUUGAUGAGUGAUGAACAGACUAAUCUCAAAUCAAAAGCUAGCCAAGGAUUGUCGCAGUGUUUUUGGGUCUAUAAAACGUCUUGGCUGGCCGAACGAUUUGAUCUGGCUAGUCGUAAGCCACAGAAGGCUUAUACUAUUAGACUGGAUAGUCAAUGGAGUGAACAUGCAAUGAAGGAACUGUUAGCGGCCUUAAAGAAAUUCGGUAGAAUAGAAAUGAGGAUCCAAUCAAUUGUUUUGAAUCAUCCCCAGCUUUUCUUUGUUCUUGCUGUCUUAUGCCAGUGCUUAACAAUCAUUGAACCGCCAGCAGGUUAUACGAACCACAAGCUCUCGAUCAUUAUAUCUCCAGAAUCUCUAAUGGUUGGUCCGGCCCAUUUAUCACUAGAGGAGGCGCACUUACAAGAGGACUUUCGUACUCAAUUAGUGGCUGCUGAUAAAGCACAGCAUAUUAUUAUUAAGUUAACACUAGCCCGUCUCACUGCUUCUACUCAAACGACCAUUUUGCCACUACUAACCCAUUUCACCAUAGCCUCCUUGACCAUAACUAGGCCCGUCAUAGAGAAGAUAGAUUUCAUCAACCAAGUCAAUUGGACGGACAACUACAAACUCAUUCUAGAAAUUGAUAAACCCAAUACUCAUAUUAUCUUACCAUUACCACCUCGAAACAAAAUAACUGGCCAACGACUAAUCUGCGCCCAUUUAUCUAUUGUCACUAUCCCAAUCAAAAUAACAAAAGAUCCUAGUUCUAUCCAUUAUGUACCCACUACUAUCACUGGUCUCAGUAACUACUUCCAACCGGGUAUUUCCAAACAGGAUAAUUUCUCUUUAAUCACUAAACCAACCCGGUUUGUUUCCUAUAAUGCUUCAAUCCCAAUUAUUCCUAAUCCAAAGAUCCCUGCUUCACUCAAGCAACUAACUUUAUCUUUGGACAUUCUAAUAUUCUAUGCCACCUUUGAUCUCAACCAAACAGUAUACCUUCCCAAACUCAAUCUAGUCGAUGUCUCUCUCAAGAUUUCCAGCCACUUAACCCACGCCAUUCAAGCCCAACUACUUGCCUCUCCUAGAGGACUCUCACUUAUCUGUUCCAAUCCUUCUACUAAGAAAGGAGCAGCUCAAUGUUAUAUUAAGCCCAACAAGAUAACUAUUUCCUUCGAGCAAGAAGCCCAGCGCAAUCCCAGUAUUACGCCCAGUGCCAGUAAAGUUCUUGCCUGUUUCCCAUACCUCGUACCCAAUGAGCACUACACCCAUGAAGACUCCGAUUCAAGCACAUCUGACUCACAAAGUGACCCAAUCGGGUUAGAUCCAAACAGACCAAACAUCCCCCCUUGUCCCACAAUCAUAAAUAUGUCCGACUCCAGUGAUUCGGAUAUUUCCCCGCCCAAUACUUCUCCGUGCUCAUUUUACUAA